AUGACAGACAAAGAACCCACCGCCGCCGAAGAAGCAGCCACCCGCGCCAAGGAGCAAGCCGAGCAAGAUGCCCUCCCCUACAAGUGGCAGCAGACCAUUGGCGACGUAGAUAUCACCUUCGGCGGAAUUCCGGGCAACUAUAAGAGCAAGGAUCUGGUCGUGGAGAUCAAGAAGCAGAGCCUCAAAGCCGGCGUCAAGGGACAGGAACCCAUCAUAAGUGGCGAUCUGCACCAGUCAAUUCACGUCGACGAAAGCACCUGGACGCUCACAACGGCGUCGGACGGCACCAAGACGGUCGAGAUCCACUUGGACAAGGUAAACAAGAUGGAGUGGUGGCCGCACGUCGUCACGGGCGCCCCCAAGAUCGACGUCACCAAGAUCACGCCCGAGUCCUCCAAGCUGUCGGACCUGGACGGCGAGACGCGCACCAUGGUCGAGAAGAUGAUGUACGACCAGCGCCAGAAGGAGGCUGGCCUGCCCACGAGCGACGAGCAGAAGAAGGCCGACAUCCUCAAGAAGUUUCAGGCGCAGCACCCGGAGAUGGACUUCAGCAAUGCCAAGAUCAACUAG